GAAAUUUUGAACCGUAUUGUAAAACAACAUCAACAUCAUGUUACCACCAGAAAUAGCAAAUUUCGGCACACGAGCAAGGAUGUGAUGAUUUAUUUCUGUUUAAAAGGGAGCAACAAUGUCAUACAAUGUUGACAUCAUUCUUGUUUUCUGUUAAGCAUGCAUAUUGGUGCUGAGUGAACUGUGACAACAAUUACAGCAAUGACCGAUUCAGCAAGUACAGUAGGGAGUUUGAGUGAGAAAUCUUCAGAAGAAAGACCUGACAGAGCAAGCCACGAGGAACAUCUUCGUCUCGCCGGUAUUGUUAAAGGUGUUCAUGCAGAUCUACGCAAAAAGUACAAGAGAAGCACAGGUGAGACGGAACUUGAAAGGAUUUGGUAUGAACACUGUCAGAAUAAGCCUGUUCUCUCCCAGUAUGCUGAUGCCAUGCAUCAUCUAGCUACAGACCACUGGACGAAACACCAAGAAACGAGAAUAGACUGGUGUAGGGAAGUCAUUAAUGAAUAUUUCAAACACGAUGGUCUGAAAAAAGUUCUAGAGAAAGAAAGAAGAAGGAAAGAAAAACAAAAAGAUAGAAACAAAUUUCAGGAACAUUCUGCUGCACAAACCGAACCUGGUAGGAUUACAGCGGAUUUUGCCGGCACAGAUGGACUUACAACAGAGAUUUAUCCUGACCAUGUAGUAACUAACAAUAAUGUUAAACCAGAAACAGGUUUUGAUUUUAGUGUGACUGAAGCAGGGACUGGUUCAAAACACAAUUUUGUCGAUAGAGACCAAAUAUCUACAGCUGAAAGUAGAAAUGAAGACAUAUCAAGAAAAGAGUACAAUUUGAUAGGUAUUCCAGUAGAGGAUAGAAUCCGUCUGUUAGAUGUUGGAAGCUGUUUUAAUCCAUUCCUGGAGUUCCCUGAGCUUCAGUCUGUUGGUAUUGAUAUCAGUCCGGCUGCUGAGAGUGUUUUUCACUGCGACUUUCUUCAUCUACGCACCACAGAUCCGUUACAGGUAGCCAACGAUACAAUGACUACAUUCAUAAAUAAUCUGAACAAUCCUAUAGACUGGUUGCCUAGGGAGUUGUUCCAUGUUGUCGUAUUUUCUCUGCUACUAGAAUAUUUUCCUGCGCCAUAUCAACGAUGGAUAAGCUGCCAGAAAGCGCAUGAACUUCUCAUGUAUAAUGGGAUUUUGGUCAUAGUAACGCCUGACUCAUCGCAUCAGAAUCGUAACGCAAGCAUGAUGAAAAGUUGGAAAAUUGCCAUAGAGUCGAUAGGUUUCAAACGCUGGAGAUACGUUAAACAAGAACAUAUACAUUGUAUGGUGUUUAGAAAAAUUGAAAUAACAGAUACAGAUAAACAAGAAAAUUUCCUUAAAGGUAUAACACCUGAUAUGAUUUAUAUACCUCAGGAUUUUCAUGAUGUUGCCGAAGAUUUUUCCAGUGGUGUUGACGCAACAAGUCCGUAUAGUUACGAAGAUGAACAAUUUUACAGAGAGCAUAUAUUGCAUGAACUGCCAGUGCUUACUUCAGAAUCUGAUGAAAAUGAUGAUUAAAUUUUAUAUUAAUGUGUAUUUCAUAUAUUGUCAGCUGAAGAAGCUUAUUAAAACGAAACAUGUUUUGACAAAACUG